CAUAAGUAAGUUUUUUUUUUUUAUGCUUUCAGGAUUUGCCACUGCGAGGGAGAUGCGGAGACGCCACUCAUCGCUCCGUGCUACUGCGCUGGCUCGCUGCGUUACGUCCACCAGUCAUGCCUCCAGCAGUGGAUCAAGUCCUCAGACACAAAGUCCUGCGAGCUGUGCAAGUUCAACUUCAUCAUGCACUCAAAGAUCAAACCGUUCAACAAGCUUCUUCUAGAGUCCGGGCUGAUGGGUGGUCUUCAGGACAGCAUGUGGGUUGCCUUAGGCCACUCGGCGGUGACUGAAAAAUCCCAGGUGGUUAACGGCGGAUUCGAACCGGCAUCAUCCACAACGCGGCGAAUGCGGGCCCGACACGCUAACCACUCAGCCACCGCAUCCCCCCCCAAGCUGAGUGGGAGAAGCUGGAUAUGUCGGGGAUGGAGCGGCGCAAGAUAGCUUGUUCGGUUACCUUCCACGUGGUGGCCAUCACCUGCGUCGUGUGGUCCCUCUACGUCCUCAUCGAACGGACCACCGAGGAGGUCCAGGAGGGUACUCUGGAGUGGCCCUUCUGGACGAAGCUGAUCGUGGUGGCCAUAGGCUUCACCGGGGGCUUGGUAUUCAUGUACGUGCAGUGCAAGAUGUACGUGCAGCUGUGCAAGAGGUGGCGUGCCUUCAAUAGAGUCAUCUACGUCCAAAAUGCUCCUGAAAAGGUUCCUCUGAGUGAGCGGGACCGAGCAGACCUGCAGAGGGAGGCGGGACAGCAGUGUGGCGACGGCGGUGGAGGCGGCGGCGGCAAGGACCCGUGCAGCGAGUCGCAUGAGUCAGAAAAGUCACUCAUGGGUGUGUCCAUCAUCACGGGGCCGACCGGCAACGACCUAACGUCCACCACUACCAUCACUCUUUCCUCCUCACCUCUCAGCACUAUUGCCACUAUCACAACCACCUCCUCUCUCACCCUCACAAACUCCACCAACACCAACACCGCCACUCCGAGCCCUCCAGGGGCAGUGUGGACGGACGUGGCGUCGCUGCAGCCUGCACCGCAGACUAGCUUCACAGGGGUUUUGUCUGGAAUGCGACGAUCCAGAACCACACCUCACCAAGCCACAGCAUUCCUCACAAAAGGGCCAACAGAGUCAAGGUCCGGAUGCAGAGACACACGUCCAGCAUUAGAGAGCCCAUUUUUUUAUGAAGAAAGGUGUAAUCAUGGAAGCAUGGAAGAACUCUCCAGUCAAGCUUUAGCACAAAAUGAGAGGCAGCCUUUCAGGAAAUCAAGUUCUCAUAGUAUGUGCCUGGAGAAAGGUGUAGAACAUGCCUUGGGCAAGGGUGGAGCACCACAUCCUGACUCUUUGUUUGACAGUGAUGGGUCUGUGUGGGAGACUCGCCCACACUCCCAGAGAGGGGAUGGACCAAAGGUUGAACCCAGAAUGAUCCACACACCCAGCUUGAGUCUCCAGUGCAGGACUGAAGGUGGUGUAGAGGGACAUGAAGUUGAGACACUGCACCUGGACAACAUGUGAUAACACAUUGCUGAAGGUCUUAGGUACAUAAAUUACAGUCUUCAUCAUCCAUGAUUUCCUAACACAGUAUAUACAUAUGUAUGUUGUGUCUUAAGACAGAAAGAGAUUACUGUUAUUGUCAGGAAACUAAGUUAAAUUAAAGCAGGUUAUUUUUUUAAUAAAUUAAUCAUUAUUUGAAUUUUGGGAAAAAGCAUUUUGGGUCUUCAUAUCUUCAUUUAAUUAUUUAGUUCUCUUAUAUACUUCAUGUGUACUUCAGGAUACUUCUUGAAACAUUGUCAAGUUUCUGUGUCGAUGUGAUUCAUAUUAUAUAUAUAUAUAUAUAUAUAUAUAUAUAUAUAUAUAUAUAUAUAUAUAUAUAUAUAUAUAUAUAUAUAUAUAUAUAUAUAUAUAUAUAUAUAUAUAUAUAUAUAUAUAUAUAUAUAUAUAUAUUGCUUUGAAACCAUUGCAAAUAUAAAGCAGUACUAAAAGCAAUGGUUUAAUUCUUAGUUACCAGUUUACAACAUAAAGCUAUGUUAUGGAGAUACAGAUAACAAAUGAAUUUUGUGAUAAUUAUAUUUUGUACACUGUCUUAUGUAUUGUAAAUCCACUUUCAUAUCAGAUGCUCCUUUAAUUUUUUUUUAUUUGUACCCUUAUUCAUGUCAAAAAAUUCAUAAAACCACAGGGAGCUAAAUUAUACAAACAUUGAAUGUUCACGGACAGGGUUCAGUCAUCUUAUAUAUAUAUAUAUAUAUAUAUAUAUAUAUAUAUAUAUAUAUAUAUAUAUAUAUAUAUAUAUAUAUAUAUAUAUAUAUAUAUAUAUAUAUAUAUAUAUAUAUAUAUAUAUAUAUAUAUAUAUAUAUAUAUAUAUAUAUAUAUAUAUAUAUAUAUAUAUAUAUAUAUAUAUAAAAGUUAGCAGUGAAAUUCUUGUAUGCUUAUGUACAGUGUUUUUACAGUAGAGCAGUUCAUGCCUCCUCGGUUUACCUCCUCCCAUCAGUUGAGGAAACGAUUAUAAAAGAGGAUAGAACCUUAUUAAAUGCUAUAAUUCUUGGAAUCAGUCAUAUAAUAUUAAAGUCAAAUUUAACUUAGUCAUUCCACACAGGAUUGGAGCAUGUAUAGGAUGAUAGGAUCAUGCUGUCAACAUACAGAAUCAAACUGUAUUUGGAUUAAGUUUGCAUUUUACCUACUGAAUAAUCAGUUUCUACUGUAUAAUGUAUGCUGUACAUACAUAUAAAUAUUUUAUGCCCAUAUGAAUAUAUAAAUGCUUUAAGUAGAACAACCAUUGUGAAAUUAUAUAUUGUAAUCUUAAUUUUAUACCAAUCGGAUUUUUCUAUCUUCAUGCUGUGUUUUUACUCUGAUCACAUAUUUGAAAGGUAGAAAGUACUAUUUUGUAUGCAGUGUGACAAUGCUGAGUUUUAUUACAAUUUUAUGUAGUCACAUGUCAUUUGUAAAUGAAUGUAAUUUAUAUGAAGAGGCUAAAUCCUGUUCAGACAUUCAACACAAAACUCUAAAUUUAAAACAACUGAAUAAUAAACUAACAUAUAUCCGUAUGCUGGCAUCAGAAAAAUAAUAUUACUGAUUUAUAUUGUAUUAUCAUUGUCUUGUCUUUAGAUUUUCAUGUGUAGCCAGAAAGGCAGGAUGUUCUUGGGCUAGGUCCAACUCCAACUGACCCUUCCUAGUCAUGAAGAGACUUGCCUAUCAUGUGCUUAAAUAGUUGUGAUAUUCCCAUUCUAGAUUUUACUGUAAAUAGUUUGUCACAAGGGGACAACUUUUGUACUCUGAAAGUUAGAGGAAUGUAUUUAUUGUUUUUAUAUAUGAUGUAUCCGCCCAAGAAGUGUAAUGUUCUCUUUAUUAGGUGUUGUGUCACUGUACUUGGGAAACAUGGGUUUGUAUCUUGUGUUUCUACAAAGGUAUGAGUAAUAAUGUGUAGAGCCUGACUCCUGUUUCAUAUCACAUGUGGCACUUAACUAUUGGGAGGUUGUGAUAUAUCUGUGGUUCUUUGUGAGUGUGGAGAUUGUAUGCGCUUGUGUGCAUGUUCAGCAAACAGUUGGUGGUACAUCUCUGUGAUAUGUGCCAUUUCUACUGACUUUGUCCAACUGAAUUUUGCUUGGAAAUGUAAUAAAAAAAUAUUUCUUUUCAAAAUCAGAAAUCAAAUUAAAAAUAGCUCAGAAUUUUUUAGAUUUCUGGUGUAUGACUUUGUUUUUCAUAAACUAAGUUUUCAAAAUGAAUUACUUGAAUUUAAAAUGUAUUAGUAAGAAACUGAAUAAAAAUAAAUUUUGUUAAUUUAACUGUAGAACAUAGACAGUUUACUGACAGAGGUUACAAAAUGAUAGACAUUUUAGUAAAUAUACACCUGUUAUUCAGUCUCAUCAGUGCCGAAGGUUUUUGAGGUUUGUACUGGUACUUAUGUAUAUUAGUUAAUGGCUGAUCAAAGUAAAAAUGCAGAAGUUUUACUAAAGUUGUACAAAAUGUUAAAAAAAAUCUUCCACUCA